GAGAGAAAAGGGAACGCGCUGUAACAGAGAGAGAGAGCAAACCGCUAUAUGUGCCUGCGGAGUUCAUGCUACUCAGAUCAACUGAAAACUACGCCAUGGUUCCUCUAACUGGUGUCGAGGGAUGAACUUUGAUUUCCACAUCCUGUCACAACUUCUACCCGGGUUUGUGUGCGCGCUGCAAGCUGGGUAUAUCUCUCGAUUUCCCAGGCAGCGUGUCAUCAAACGCAACGUGAAUUUGUUCCUAAAUCAUUGUACAGUACAACAGGCUCGCUCCACGGAUUAAAGCUCAUCUGUCGGGCAGCGCUGCUGGGAGAGGCCCAGACUCACUACAUCUGUACCACUGAGGACAUAUUCAUUGGAAAUGAAAGAGGGAAAAGGAUAAUCAUGCACUGUGUAGACAGGAGAGGACUAAGGAGCACAUGAAGAUGUCCCAGAAGGCAACUAAAACAUGGUGCCUUAGGCUUCUCCCAGUGCUCUUCUUCUUCAUCUCCUUUGUCACAUACUACUACUCCUUUGCCAUACUUCAGAGCUACGGAGGCACCAACAAGUCUCCGAACAGUAGCAAGUCGCUGUGUGCUGGCUGGCUAUCCCAAAAGAAGUGGGAGAGCCUUAACUUUAACAUUAGCAGACAGACUCGGCUCUUUCUGAAGCUGGAGGAUUUCUUCUGGAGGGAGCAUCUGUCAAAGCUGGCAUUACCUUAUGGCAUUAAGGGCAGUGAACUACUGCUACUGCAAAUCCUUGCUGUUACCGCAAAUUAUCAGGUGCCAGAAAACAUUGAAAACCUGGAAUGCAGAACCUGUGUAGUCGUGGGCAACGGCUUUGCCAUCAAAAACAGCUCGUUGGGAGGCAUCAUCAACAAAUAUGACGUGGUGAUUCGGUUGAACAAUGCCCCAGUGAGAGGAUACGAGGAGGACGUGGGGAAUAAGACCACUAUGAGGUUUUUCUACCCUGAGUCGGCCUCGUACAACCCGGGUCUGAACAACGAGCCCGGCACGCUCAUGGUCCUGGUGCCUUUCAAACCGCAGGAUCUCCGCUGGUUCAAAGAGAUCCUCUAUAACGAGAAGAGGGUCAGAAAAGGCUUUUGGAGGAGCCCUCCUCAGAUCUGGUUGGGUGACUACAGUAAAAUAAGGGUGCUGGACCCCCACUUUCUGCACCAGACUGCAGACAGACUGCUCCGGAUCCCUCUGCAACCCAAGAGCAAACAGGUCAGAGAUCCACUUACAUGUGUCUGUUUGAGAAUAAUGAACCAUAACUUUGGUGGCAGUCCUUUUUUAAAAUGAGCCUUUUGUGUCAAA